AUGCUCGAGGACGGGGACACCAUCACCAUUGGCCCCUAUCCGGAUCUAGUUUUCGUCUACCACCAGCUUGAAAAUGUUCCAACCUCCCUGCCCCUGACCGCCUCACAGAGGAAAGAGGCAGAGCUUUUCCGGGAUAGGUAUAUCAUAACGGACCGCACCCCAAACAUCCUGCCAAUCAAAGCCGCCUUCGAGACCAAUCAGAGCAUAUACAUCAUUUCUGAGCUUGCCGCGGGUGGUGACCUCUACUCAUUGAUACUGCGGUACAAACAGUUGGAGGAACGUGGGAUCAGAACGAUCGUACGCCAAGUCCUUCGUGGGGUUGCCUACAUCCACAGCAAGGGAGUUGCACAUCGCGACAUCAAGCCAGAAAAUGUCUUACUGGGCAUCACACCCCGCGUUCCUUACCGGGUCAUGCUCUCGGACUUUGGGGACUCAGCCGUGACUGGGCCUAGGAGGAUGAAGUCCAACGUUGGGACUUCGUUCUACCGGCCACCUGAAUGCCACACUCCCGGUCUCGAUCAUGACCUGUCCGUCGACAUCUGGGCAGUGGGCAUGCUAACCCUUCAACUCUUCCUCGGCUACGAAGAAUUUCCCGGCGGAGACUCUGUUGUGUUCACUAGCCAGGAAGACAUUGAUAAUUACCUCAACAUGAUCUUUGUCGCGCUGACCGAUGAAGAUCGUAUCUCGGAAGCAGCAAAGCAUUUUAUCCGUAAGUGUUUAGCGUACAACCGGGAAAAGAGGCCAACAGCUCGUGAUGCAUUCUACCAUGAUUGGCUCCAGCAGCCAAAGGAGGAGAGAAAGAGGCUCAAGCAGCUGGAAGCAGACAACAUUCUUUCGUGGAAGCCCCAGAAGGUGAAGUUUCCGAUCAUUGAAGAUUUGACCGCUCAGUCGACAUGGCAGGGCAAUAAGGACGCCCAUGUUCUGAGGUCGAGUGCGAUGUGGCCUUCGACAACUCUGCAUUUCUCGAGCUGA